AAAAAGGUUGUCUUUUUAAUCAAAGACCUCAUUGCCCGAGAGAGAGAGAGAACGCGGAUUUAAGAAACCGGGGUGUUGUGUCCUGUUUUGCGUCAACAGUUGGAGAAAGGUCAAACCUUUACGCUCUCUCCCUUUGGCAUUUUCCGACGAUUCAGAGGUUGUAAUCGGAUUUCGAUCUUAUCAAAUCCAUUUGGGCUUCUAAUCUCCCCUGCUCGGUUCGAUUCGUAUGGUGAAACAAGUUCUGGUCUGAGAACGGACUGAUCAAAACUGUUGGAUAAGAUAAUGUCAUUAGUAAGGUCAGCAGAGCCGUCGGCUGCAUCGUACAGGAACCCGAAGCUUUACUCUCUGAAGGAGAACAGUAACAAUGUCGGUUUGUCCUCCUCUCAGGUCUUUGCUUCAGACAGGCCGCCGAACAACAUGUUCUUGGCAGAUUCCUACUCGAGCCAAAGUUACGAGAAGUACUUUCUUGAUUCCCCGACAGAAGAGCUGAUUCAGCCUCUCGGGUCUGGUGCCUCGAUGAGCUCGUAUGGGUCUCCCGAGACAUACCCUUAUCAGACAAGACCGGUUCUCGGAUGCUCCAUGGAAAUUCAGAUGCCCUUUGAUUCAUCCUUUCCAUCUCCGAGAAUGUUCGGAGGCCAUCAAGCAGAGUUCCUGCAGAGUUCAACAGGCAUGGAUGUGGUGGAAUUUGACGAGGAUAAGAUGAGAUCGAAGAUUCAAGAGCUUGAGAGAGUUUUGUUCGAGGAUGACAAUGACGGGAUCAUGGGAAUCGAUCAGUUGAUGGAUAUUGAUAACGAAUGGUCUUACCCGAACGAAAAGGAGCACGAGCAGAAUCAGAACUCGCCGAAAGAAUCCUCAUCUGCAGAUUCCAACUCUAAUCUAAGCAGUGUCAGCAUCAGCAACAAAGAAGUGCUGUCACAGACAUCAUCAGAAACUACUACUCCGAGGCAGAUUCUUCUCCGAUGUGCUCGGGUCCUGUCUGAAGGGAAAUCGGAGGAGGCUUUAUCCAUGAUAAACGAGCUCAGACAGGUGGUCUCGAUCCAAGGAGAUCCCUCGGAGAGAAUUGCAGCUUAUAUGGUGGAAGGCUUAGCUGCAAGAAUGGCUGCUUCUGGUAAAUUUCUCUACAAAGCCCUGAAAUGCAAAGAGCCUCCUUCUGAUGAGAGGCUUGCAGCCAUGCAGGUCCUCUUCGAGGUAUGCCCUUGUUUCAAGUUCGGGUUUUUGGCAGCUAAUGGUGCGAUAAUCGAGGCCCUCGAAGACGAGGAGGAAGUUCACAUAAUAGACUUCGACAUAAAUCAAGGAAACCAAUACAUCACACUGAUUCGGACGAUUGCUGGGUUGCCCGGUAAAACUCCCCGCUUGAGGUUAACUGGAAUCGAUGAUCCCGAAUCGGUCCAACGCACGGUCGGAGGAUUAAGAAUCAUCGGGUUGAGGCUCGAGCAGUUAGCAGAGGAUCUCGGAGUACCUUUCAGGUUUACAGCCGUGCCCUCCAAGACAUCCAUCGUGACUCCAUCAAUGCUCGGUCACAAACCCGGGGAAACCCUGAUCGUAAACUUCGCUUUCCAGCUCCAUCACAUGCCAGAUGAGAGCGUAUCCACGGUUAACGAACGGGACCAGCUUCUUCACAUGGUCAAGAGCUUGAACCCGAAGCUAGUGACAGUCGUUGAACAAGACGUGAACACCAACACCGCCCCAUUCUUCCCGAGGUUCCUCGAGGCUUACGACUACUACUCAGCUGUGUUUGAGUCUCUUGACAUAACCCUCCCGAGGGACAGCCAGGACAGGAUGAACGUAGAGAGGCAGUGUCUUGCCCGAGACAUCGUUAACGUCGUUGCUUGCGAGGGGGAAGAACGGAUAGAGAGAUACGAAGUUGCGGGGAAAUGGAGAGCGAGGAUGAUGAUGGCGGGUUUCGCCUCCAAACCGAUGAGCCUGAGAGUAACAAGCACCAUACAGAGCCUCAUAAAGCAGCAAUACUGUGACAGGUAUAAGCUCAAGGAAGAGAUGGGCGAGCUCCAUUUCAGCUGGGAGGAGAAAAGCUUGAUCGUUGCUUCUGCUUGGAGGUGAUAUAUAUACAGUCUUCUUCUCAGAAGAAAGACAUAGUUGCUGUGAUCAUAAACACUUGCAUUUUGUCGACCUGCCUGAAUGUUUUAGUGUAAUAUAGGGUUCAUGUAACUUGCUUAAACCGUGACCUAAUCUAACUUUUCUCGAACGAUUCU